AUGAGGCACCAACAAUCACUACCCGACGAGAGUUAUGCCAGUGACACAAACAGCGCGGCUGGAGCCGAUGAGGAGAUGCUUACACAAUCGGAUCACGCACCCAGCACUGCGAGUCAAUUAUUGAAAAGCAUAUCGGGUCUCCCAGAGAGCGAACGUAUUGUUCUGGUACAGCAUAUGCUUCGCACAUUUCCCGUUGCUCGCCUGGUAGAAUUUCACGAACAUCUCGCAACUAUGGUUUACUUCGAUCCUGUUUCAAAGCUUCCCAACGAGCUCAUACUUCACACAUUUUCGAAUCUGUCACCACACGACCUUCUCACUUGCUCGCUUGUGUCAAGAGGAUGGAGAGAACGGGCACUGGAUGAAAGACUUUGGCGAGACUGCUUUUCAAGAGAAGGUUGGGACAUGGAUACAGCCAAAUUUAGGGAGCACGAGCGUAGCGCCAGGUCGUUUGGGUUCACCUCAGCAUCGCGCAGACUCAACGAUGAAUCAAAUAGUUCUGCCAAGCGAGAGGGUCGGAAGAGACCCCGAGACGAAGCGUUUAACGACAAUGGGAAGCAACCAAUCGCCGACGAAGUCGAGGACCACGAUAUGGAUUUUGACGAAAACGAUCACAUGGAGGGAGUCAAGUCUAGCUCGGAGGAUGGUCGGGCUUCGUCAUCAGAAAAAGGAGUCAUAGCAUCAACGUCACCCUCAAAAUUCAGUUGGCCAUGGAUUUAUAAGCAGAGGCGAUUGUUGGAGAGAAAUUGGGAAAAGGGAAAGUAUGCGAGCUUUCGCCUGCCGCAUCCACAACACGAACACGAAGGGCAUACAGAAUGCGUAUACACCAUCCAACACAUUGGGGACACUCUGGUAUCCGGAUCGCGCGACGCGUCUAUUCGGAUCUGGGAUUUGAGCACAUACCGUUUGAAAGCGAAGCCUCUCUAUGGUCACGAUGCCAGCGUACUCUGUCUUCAAUUCGACGAUCGCCCCGAAGAAGACAUAAUCAUCAGUGGAGGCAGUGACAAUUAUGUUAUUGUGUGGAAAUUCUCAACAGGUGAAAUCAUCAAGAAGAUGACCGAUGCACAUACCGAAAGUGUGCUCAAUCUGCGGUUCGAUGAACGCUAUUUAGUGACAUGUUCCAAGGAUAAAACCAUCAAGAUUUGGAACCGCAAAGAGAUAAGCAAUACUGACCCCAUCAUCCCGAUGCGAGCUAUCAAUGCAUUUGCAAACAUGGAUAUUAUCCCGCCAUUGACGCUGCUUGAUGCUUUUGGGGGAUCGAGAGACGGCCAUGGCGCUGCUGUCAAUGCCGUGCAAAUCCAUGGCGAUAUCAUCGUCUCGGCAUCUGGCGAUCGUUGCGUCAAGGCAUGGAAUAUCCACACAGGAUACCCGAUGAAAAAGUAUGAAGGCCAUACCAAGGGAAUCGCGUGUGUACAAUUUGAUGGUCGUCGUGUUGUUAGCGGAUCAUCAGACAACACGGUGCGCAUCUUCGACUACGAAACCUAUCAGGAGAUAGCAUGCCUCGAUGGACACAGUGAUCUGGUUCGCACAGUGCAGGCGCGAUUUGGUGAUCUGCGGAUCAUCUCUGAUGAGGAACUACACGCUCAAGCCCGACAAGUUGACGCGAAUUUCAGGCGAGCUGCUGCCGCUGGCGCGAUUGAGGAAAGGAAGAUCUCUCGACGUGGACCAGGAAGGAACGCUGGGUCUAGCGAUCCGAAUAAAGUGCUCAGCUUAGGCAAUAAAAUCCCUCCUGGAGGCGGCGGCAGUAAAUGGGCGAGAAUUGUUUCGGGCUCCUACGACGAGACGGUCAUCGUUUGGAAGCGGGACGGCGAGGGAAAUUGGAAACCAAACCAACGUCUUCACCAGGGUAUGCUGCCGAAUACUCGUGCGGCUGCAGCAGCUCGCUCGGGGGCUGCCUUCCAACCAGCAAUCACACCGGCACUCGCUGUAUACCCUCUGACGGCCGCUGAUGCAGCUGCGCAGCAAGCACAGGUUCAACAAGCGCAGAUCCGUCAACAGGCCGCCACUGCAGCCUUGGCACAGAGGCAACAAGCUCAGCAACAGCUGGCCGCACCCGCAGCAGGACCUAGCACAGCAUCACGACCAAUCCUCGCGCAGACCGCUGUCGGCCCUGGCACUCAAGGCCCUUCCAUUGCCACAGCAGCUCCAGCACCCGGUCCAGCAAAUCUGCAGCCUCAUCACCACCAUCACGGCCACCAUCAUCACCACCAUCACCAUCACCGCAAUCCCGCCGCUGCAGCCGCCGCCCGCGCAGAGUCGAAUCGUGUUUUCAAACUCCAAUUCGAUGCGAGGAGGAUCAUCGCUUGCAGUCAGAACCGCGUUAUCGUGGGAUGGGAUUUCGCCGCCGGUAAUAAGGACCUCGAGAUGAUUGGUGAUUGGAGCUCGGAGACGCCUUGA